AUGUCUCUCAUCGGGGUGAGCUUCUCAGAUUUGAUUGUCGCAGUCAACUUGUGCACGAAAAUCAUCGAGCUCUACCGGAACGAAACGGUGGAGCAUGUCCGGCUCCUCCGAAACGAAGUCUCCUUCAUCAAGGACAAGGUCUCGCGGCUCGACGUUCUCAUCCAAGAAUCGCGAGACCUCCUCCUGCUCUCCGAGCUCGCCGAUCUCCCUCCUCAAGACGGUCGCGAGCAACUGGUCGGUCCCGAGUUCAUCGAAACGCUCAACGAAUGCGAGCGAUUUUGCGAUCACCACCGCGGGAAGAAAUGGACGUUGGCGCAGAAGCUGUUGAAGGCGCAGGAGGUUGAGGAACAGUCGGCCAAGUUGAGAAAGAAACUCCGGCGACAUCUGCAGGGGGUCGACAUGCUCACGCAGUUGAUCCAGCUGGAACUGCUCAAGGAGAUUUAUACAAUGUCGAGUGAAGUGGAAUAUGUGCGACGGAAUUCAGCGGGGGUACCACAGCAGCCAUCUUCUGCUGCACCGGUUGUGCCCUGCUCAAUAAGCGAUCUAUUCCACUCGGCGAUCAAAACCAACCCUCCAGCGGGGUUUGUCGACGUCGAACAACUUCCGCUCUGGGAGACACUUGGCCAGGCCUGCCGAUUUCAGCGACUCAGCAUGAGGGAUCUCUCAGACCUUGAGCUCGAGUUACAUCCCAACCCGUCUGCGUACAGGGCUGAACAAUAUCUGAACCUGUUGAAAGCACAGUGGCUUGUCGGGGUCAUCCAGAGAAGCAGGUCCCUCCAGGAGAAAACCCCGGGGAGGGCCUACCAACGGAGCCUCAUCGCUCUCCAGGGACGAAUUGCCGAUCGCUAUCUUACACUGCGAGAUUGGGAGCCAGAAGAUGACAACGAUGUCGCUUUUUCUCUCGCUGCACUGCUUGAUCUACCGCUGUCGGCUUUCGAUAUCUGGCCAGCUCCACCCCCGCCUCCGGACGUGAGUCACCGCAGACCAGGUGAGACGGAAUUACUUCGCUUCUCGCGAGCAAAACCUGCAGGAUUCACAGAGGAACUUGUCUUGUUUCGCACUGGACCGACCUCCCUCCGGCUUGUGGAUAGGCGGAUCUCCAGCAAUCCAUACCACGGCAAGCAGCAAACCCAGCGCAUGAUCGACACCCACGUUGACCGAUUGAUUCCCACCUACGCUUUGAAGCUCGCAGAGGGAAAGGCCGAUUGGUCUGUUCGCCUGACGAACUCCAUGGGCCACAGUGAACCACAAUGCGAAUUCAAUGAUUUGUGUGAAGCUCUCAAAUUCCAAAUGGCGCUCACCGGAUACUCCGUGGAGCUGAUCAAGGCCUCGAGUAUUCCAAUGAGCUUCGGCAGAAAACGCAAAGUGGGAGUCACACCCCAGGACGCUCUUGGAUGUCUUCAGAUCUGGGUUCCUACAGCCAGAGCUUCCGACUCUACAACGUCGAAUGCGAACCUCGUGAGUUAUCAAGAUUAUACCUAUGGUGAGAAGACGAUAACUAUGCCCAAGGUCAGCCAUCCACCGGCCUUGGUGGCCUUUACCGUGGAUGGCAAGGCCGAUACUUGUAGCAUCUGGUUUAUCGAGCUCUCACCCUACAUCGUACUGACUCAAUACCCCAAACUUGACAAGAGGUGCUAUAUGCUGCUCAUAGGGGGUACUGAUUCCACCGUAGCCUGCCGCCGCCUGACCGUUCCAAGAACGCAAGAGCAGGACCUGAACCUGGCUCUUUUCAGCCUCCCUCGCCAUCGCGACUUCCAUAACCCAGAUGUGGUCACCCAGCUAGACUGUAGUUACAUUGCCUUUGGGUUCGAGACGCCAGAGUUGUUGGAGAAAACAAAAGCCAGCCUCGACAGGGUCCUUAGACGACGCAGCGACCGUACAAGCCCAACGCAGUCAAGACGCGCAUCUGGCGAUAGUGUGACUCUCAGUCUAAAGUCGAUCGCUCGGUCAUUCACCAUGCCCCUGAGAGCGGACACAGAGGCCACGCUGGUUACCGUGUCUGCUUCUAGUGCGCCAAUGUCGCCGAAGGGGUCGACAGCAGCUUCCUUUACUUCGACAUGA